AUGUUUCAAGAAUAUUUAUUGUCAAAUUUUGUUAAUAUUGUCAACAAAACGAAAACGUCUUGGGAACUUAUCUUACUUAUUAUUGUCAUUAUUUUCUCAUGUUCAUCUACUUGUUCGGCACCAAUAACAACAGUGCCAUCGUCAAAUUAUCAUCAUUUGGAAUUAAUAUCAAAUAGUUAUUAUCGCAAUUUUUUCCUACGACAAUAUUUUAUUGAUUUAUUGAAUAUUUCUCAUUCGUCACUAAUACAAUCCAUGAUUAAAAAUCAUCAUUUAGCAACUGAAUUAGAACAAAAUAAAAAUCGAAAACGUAGAUUUAUAGCAAAUGUAUCAUUCGCUACAACUCCCAGAUUAGCAUUACAUUCGAUAAAUUGUUUAAACUUAAAUGAUAGAAAAGUUCAAUCAACAUUUCAAUCGUCUUUCAAACUAGAAUUGUUAUCUUCUAUCGAACUCAUUUAUCAUAUUGAUAGAACUGAAUUAAAGAAAUCCCCGAUACCAAUACACAUUUCCAUUAAACAACCACAAACAUCUAUGGAAUUAUUUUCGAUUGAUACAUAUUUACAAGUCGAUCCUAUUCGAGAUCUUUAUUUUCUUAAUAUCUAUGAUUAUUUUCUACGCAUUAAUAAUCAAAAUUUAAUUAUUGAAACAGCUAUUCAGAAUCAAACAUGUCAAACAUCACAUACGUAUAUAAUACUGUCGUCAUCAAAUUCUACUACAUCAUCUUCAUAUGACCUGCAACCAACAACAAUGUGUAAAAUCAGAACGAUUCAAAUUACAUUUGAAGAACUCGGCUUAGCUUAUUUAAUUAUUAGACCAAAAGAAUAUACAUUCACUUAUUGCGAUGGUUCAUGCUCAGAUUUGACAUUUCAACAACAAUUGCAGCAACCAUCGAUUUAUACAUUGAUACAAUCGAUUAUAAGUAAAAAAGUUUCGAAAAUUCCCCAACGAACUUGUGUACCAUCGCAAUUUUCUGAUGAUAAUUUUCUUCUUCGACAAACCGACGGAUCGAUGGAAAUUUAUCCGGUAAAAGACGUGAUCGUGAAAAAAUGUGCUUGUCUAUGA